AUGCGAAUGGUUCCGCCGGAUGAAGCCUAUAUUCCGAGCACAUUGGCUCCUAAGAUGAGCACCCAAGCUCCUGAGGAAAGUACAAUGGGUGUUGAUACCACAAUGGCCGGUGAUAAAACAACUGAGGAAGUGAUAGAAAUGACAACACCCGCAAUGGAGUCUUCAACCAUGACAGAAAAAGAAUGCCCGGUUAGUGCAGCCAAGUGUCCAGAUUUGGCGACAGUGGUCAAAGCUAGCGUGGUCAUAAUGACUGACUCGGGCGGCUGCAUUGAGCUCUCGUGAAAGACUGGCGAUAGUCCGGUUGCUAUUGGCUCAUUUGCGGAAAGUGAAAUACCACCGCCUACCGAAGCUGACUCAAUUUUACCCCCAGCUACACCGGAACAAAUUGCACUCGGGUUAAAUGCAUUUUAUGGGCUUGUAUGUGAUAGUAAUAAAUUGACGGCCACAGAGUAUCCACGUGGAAUUAUCACUUAUACCGGUUCCGGUACUCACGGAGCAGAUGGAUCAUACAGAGGAAAGAGAUCGGCUCUAAACGAACUCGCUUGCGAUUGA